AAAUUUCUCACAUAUUUCCCUCGCCGAAGUCCCAAGUUCCGAUAUCCAACAUCGGGUGAUACUUGACCCGUAGCUAAACAUCCUCCUCGCACCUCAGUCAUUUCCAGAGAGUAUUUCGCCGGAAAAGCUCUCUCAAACGUUGUCUCCCGAUGGCCACACCUCAAUUCCUAUCCUCCUUCAAGUACUCCGACAGCCUCACGGUGGUGGCUAUCUCUAUCUGCACCGCCGUGGUCUGUGAGGCCAUCUCCUGGAUCUUAAUUUACCGAACGAACUCCUACAAAUCCCUCAAAUCCUCCAUUGAUAAAGCUUCUAAGAAGCUCGAGACUAUGAAAACCGAAACCAUUAAAGUCACCACAAAGAAAUCCAAGACCAGGAAAAUAGAUCGCGUCGAGACGUCCUUGAAAGAGUCCAGUCGCGAUCUCUCCCUCUUCAAGUUCAAAUCCGGCGCCGUUGUUGCCUUGGUUCUCUUCAUCGUUUUUGGACUGUUAAAUUCGCUCUUCGAAGGGAAAGUUGUCGCCAAAUUGCCGUUUAAGCCUAUAGGGAUCGUGAUGAAGAUGAGUCACAGAGGAUUGCAAGGCGAUGAUGCGACGGAUUGUUCAAUGGCAUUUUUGUAUUUCCUGUGUUCGAUCAGUAUCCGCACAAAUCUCCAAAAGUUUCUAGGGUUUUCGCCGCCGCGUGGAGCCGCCGGGGCCGGACUGUUCCCCAUGCCUGAUCCGAAAACGAAUUGAUCGGGUUUGUUGUUGCUCUCAUAUUGAUACUUAUUUAUAUUAUCUUGUAUUGUUUUUAGGUCAUCUGAUUAUCUAGUGAGGAGUAGGAUAAAUCUGAAUUUUCCUUGUUGAGUACGUUGAUAGCGAUUCGAUGAUGGAUCUCUGGAACCGGGAUAAAUUUUACUGUUAUUUCGGUGAUUGUCGUGUUUUAAAAAUUGUAAUUUGGAAAAUUCUGGAACUGAUGUUGCUUCAGUCUGAAUUAGGGUUAGUUAUUUACUGAUUUUGACGAGCAGAUAAAAACUUAUGCUGGAUGAUUUUCUGGAAUUUGCCUAAAUUAUUAAUUAUCAUUUUUUUAAU